ACUGUACCGUGCCGCCGUCCUGUUAAUAUAAUUUUCUCAUGCAGCAAGGCCCUCCAUCACCCAGGCCUGCAUCAGCAAAUUGAUCUGGUGCUUUAUUUUGCUCUAUUAGUCGCAGCAGAACGUGCUGGUGAAGGCUCAGAGGACACAGUGGUGCUUCAGGCUGAACAACAGCCGUCCGAUGGGUAACGUACCCACAACAGUGAAGCACUGCCUGAGCUAUGAGCAACUCAUCCACGACUACCCAUGGCUGAGACGAUGGCUGCAGGAGGAGAAGAACAUUACAACACAUGGAUACCCAGAGUUUGUUAAAAUUGUUGAAGUUGGACCAAGAGAUGGACUUCAAAAUGAAAAGGAAAUUGUUCCGACAGGGGUGAAAAUCCAGCUGAUAGACAUGCUCUCAGGAACAGGCCUGCCUGUGAUCGAGGCCACAAGCUUUGUCUCUUCAAAGUGGGUACCGCAGAUGGCAGACCACACUGAUGUGCUCAGAGGAAUCCACAGAGCGCCUCAUGUUCGGUAUCCAGUUUUGACACCUAACAUGCAGGGUCUCCAGGAUGCCGUUGCAGCAGGAGCUACUGAAGUGGCAGUAUUUGGGUCAGCGUCCGAAACCUUUAGUAAAAAAAAUAUCAACUGCUCUAUUGAUGAAAGCCUGCUGAGGUUUGAGGAAGUCAUUAACACUGCCAAAGAGCGACAAAUUCCAGUCCGUGGAUAUGUGUCUUGCACCCUCGGAUGCCCAUACGAGGGAUUCAUUGAACCUUCCAAAGUUGCAGAGGUGGCAAAGAGGUUAUAUGACAUGGGCUGCUAUGAGGUUUCCCUGGGUGAUACCAUUGGCGUUGGGACUCCUGGCUCCAUGUUUAAGAUGCUUGAGAGUGUGAUGAAGGAGGUGCCACCAUGUGCUUUAGCAGUUCACUGCCAUGACACUUAUGGGCAAGCACUGGCCAACAUCCUCACUGCACUUCAGAUGGGGGUCUGUGUGGUGGAUUCUGCAGUAGCUGGACUGGGAGGCUGCCCGUACGCUCAGGGAUCAUCUGGCAACGUUUCAACAGAGGAUGUUCUUUACAUGCUCCAUGGCAUGGGCAUUGAAACUGGAGUGAAUCUUGCUAAAGUAAUAGAAGCUGGCGACUUUAUCUGCAACGCUUUGUGUCGCAAGACAAACUCCAAGGUCGCCCAAGCAAAAGGCAGGACACAGUGAUGUGUUUAAGAUGAUGUUUAAGAAUAUACUCAAUGUUUUUUCCCUCUCAAGUGCUUCCCCAGUUGUUGCUGCCUUGGCGUUGUUACUAAUGCUGCUCUGUUUAAGUUCAUAUUCAUUGUUAUUUAGGCAUUUGUCACCUGAAUAAUCUUCAAAACCACAGCUGUGUUUUACUCUGACAUCUCAUCAACUUUAGUUGACGCUCCGGUGACUUCUAUCCAUAUUUUCAGGACGUGAGGAGUCAUGAUUAUCUGAUUCAUCCAAUUCAUGUAGGAUUUUCAGUUUAGCCUUGAAAGAAAGGACCGGUUUGGAUUUAAAGCAGGCCCAUGACUGUUAGUGUGAUCAUUCAUUAGUGAUAAAAGCCCGCCUUGAGGCUUUCAUGUCAGACAUGCGUACAGAUCCUCUGGAGGCAAAUUGAAAGAUUUUAUCAAAUCUUUACAUUUAGUGUUUUUUUCUUUUACAAAUAACUCUUUCAAAAGACUGCAGAUAUUGAUCACAUUGAAUUUAUCAACACAGGUGUUUGACUUGGGAACAGUUGAAGAAAAAAAAAAAGUUUCUCCUUGCCUUUUAAAUUGAAAUAUAACUCUUCAUGCACUUUACAUCCAAAGACACUUUUAAGCCUUUCUACCCAGCUAAGAUAAGUAUUGCAACUGUAUGCAAACUUCUAUGGCCAUAAAACUAACACUUUUAAAAGUAGCCUUGGAAAAGUUUUGUCCUCAGGAUUGCCAAAGAGCUGUGAAGAAGUGCUCCUUGAUCGUUUUUUGCCAUUAAAACCAUUUCACCAUCAUAUAAGCUAAUGAUUCAGUGUCUUUCCUGAAACUGUUGAAAGUGUGUUGUCAUCAUUGUCGUCUGUUUACACUGUUGCUAAUAAACAUAAUAAAAUGCAAAUGUCAAAU